AUGGCGCCCGAUACUACCAGUACCACCACGAUGCAGUGCAUCACCGCACCCAGAUACACCUCGCCCGCGGCCUACGAACUCACCACCCUUCCCCGCCCUGAAGUCACGGACGCCAACGACGUCCUCAUCCAGGUCCACGCGGCAAGCGUCAACCCCAUCGACGUGAAGAAAGCCUCGGGCGCGCUCAAAGCCGCCUUCAAGGACCAGUUCCCCUACAAGAUCGGCUACGACUGCGCCGGCGUCGUGCAACGGGUGGGCGGCGGCGUGACGUCCUUCCAGGAGGGCGACGAGGUCUUCGUGCGACUGCCGGAACCGAGCCGAGGCUCCUUGGCCGAGUACGUCAAAUGUCCCGACCGCUUCCUGGCGCUGAAGCCACCCGCCCUCUCCUUCGGCGACGCCGCCUCACUUCCCCUCGCGGCCAUGAUCUCGCUGCAGGCGUUGCGGAAGUACCGCGGCUCGCUCGAGGGCAAGACGGUGUUCAUCCCCGCGGCGCUGAGCGGCACGGGCGCGUACGCGUGCCAACUGGCCAAGAACGUGUUCAGCGCGGGGAAAGUCAUCACGUCCGUCUCGACGGCCAAGGUCGCCCGCGUGCCCGAGCUGUUGGGCGAGGGGGUCGUUGACCAGAUCAUCGACUACACCACCACCUCCGUUCACACCAGUAUCCCCCCGCAAUCCAUCGACUUCCUCCUCGACACGACCGGCCAAGCCAUGUCCUUCCUCUCCCUCAUGGUGCCCCACACCUCGCGCAUCGUCUCCAUCUCCACGUCCCCCUCGGGCGCCCAACUGCAGGAAUGCCAAAUGAUGAAGCGCCCCCACGGCCUCCCGCCCGUGCAGGUCCCCUCGUGGGUGCGCAUGACGCUCAAUGUCACCGACGGCGUGAGGCAGCUAAGAGCCAAACGCUGGGGGGUGGAAUACGGCUACCUGUUCCUGGAGCCGAAUGGCGAGGAUUUGAGGACGUUGAGUGGCUAUGUGGCGGAGGGGAAGUUGAGGCCCGUGGUGGGGAGGAGGGUGGACUUGAGGGAUUUGGAGGGCGUGAGGGAGGCGUGUAGCACCGUGUAUGGUGGGAAGGGAGGGGUGGGGAAGGUGGUUGUCAAUGUGAGGUGA